AUGGUGAACACAGGAAAACCAUCGGGCGGCUGCAAGCUGUGCAGGGCUAGAAGGAUCAAGUGCGACGAGGGCAAGCCGUUCUGUAUGAGAUGCAGGAAGUCACGGCGGCAGUGCCCAGGCUACCGUGAUCCUUUCGAGGCAAACAUACGUGACGAGACCGAGGCGACAAUCAAGAGAUUCAAAAAAUCGAGAGGGGAGGACAGCUCAGAUGACGAAGGCAAAGAUAUAGCCCCGAUUUGCAACAAACAGUGCUUGAAGGCGGUUGCCGGUCCCAAGUAUAAGACAUUCGACUACUCCAACCUGGCCGCCUUUCCGUAUCACAACGAUGACGACACCGCUGAAGAGGACGAAGACAUUCCCAUGUCCGUGUUUGACUCGCUCGAUGAACAGGCCUCUUGUUACUUCUUAUCCGAAUUCAUCAUUGUCCCGCAUACGCCGACGGCUCGGGGCUAUUACCGUUUCCUGCCCCGUUUUCUGAGCGGACAAAAGGUCUCCAAAUGUCUCUCCCAAGCGUACAAGGCUGUGUCGCUGGCAGCACUGGCAAGUCGCCGUAAUGUCAAUGCCAGUGCUGCCCUAUUCCACGCGCAAGGACACUACGUCCGGGCUGUUCGAGCCGUCAACAAAGCAAUCAUGGACCCGCAAGAGGUGCUGAACGACCAGACGCUCGGCGCUGUGUUGAUGCUGGCGUUCUACGAGGCAUGGAUAUUGACGUGUUCCCAAGAUUCCAUCGCUGAAUACACCAACCACAUGAAGGGUGCCGCUAUCAUCGUCAAGCUCAGGGGCCAAAAGGGCCUCGAGACACCCGAAGGCGAGGAGAUGUUUGCGAUAACUCGGAACCAAUGUCUCUCCAUCCACUGCCUCCCCAACUCUCCCGAGGUCUCCGAGUUCACCUGGCUUUUACACCACGAGUGCCGCGGCCGGAUGCAGCAUGCGAUUGCCAGCAUGGAUAUCCAGAGCAGCCAGAUCAGGCAGGACGUUGACCGUCUUCUGGGAUCCGGGGACCGCAAGCCCGAAACGAUCCAGAAGGUCCUCAAUGCCUUGAAGCGCGCUCAAGCCCUCGAGACCAAGUUCCGCAAGCUCAACAACGACCCGAGCCCACAGUGGAAGGUCGACACCCUUGAGUGGAUCACCGAACGAUCUGAUGAAGAGCUCGACACCGCGCAGACGUUUACCGGCCCAGUGUACGGUUUCUUCAACCUGCCUUUGGCCGUCCUCCACGUGGCCACCUGGUGCUGUCAUCUCAUGCUCACGACCACGAUCCUCAGAUGCAUGGCCUGGCUCGUUUCACCCGACGAAUACCGUGUGGGCGAGGAAUACGAGGAACUCAAACGCUCGGCUCAACUGCGCAUCGAGGAUACCACUGCCGCGACGCCCUACUUCUGCAAGUGGAACGGCUAUGGUGUCGUCGUGUCCCAGUUCCCGGUUGGCAAGACCAAGCCCGAUGACCCGCUCAAGGGUGCGGCCGGCCUGAUGAUCAUUUGGCCACUGGUCACGGCGUGUAGCAGCGACUUUGCGACCCCGAGACAGAGACGUUUCCUACGGGGUCGUCUCAAGUACCUGGCCGAGGUGGCCGGCAUCAAGCAGGCCAAUGUCUUCUACAACGCUCAGAUGCAAAACAUAUCAUCCCCGUCCAGGGAAAUCGAACGAGACCGCAAUCAGGACGUCUACUCGCCUUCGUGA